UAGUAAAAAUCCAGUAACGUUGAUAAUCUCGUUCGAGCAGGAAAGGAAACCCCGUGCCUUUCAGCCCGUUGAUUCACCGCACGACGCGUGUAGGUGGCAUCAAGAUGCAGGUGUUCGUGAAGAGUCUGGAUGGCCGCACGGUCACGCUGGACCUGUGCUCCGGGGACAGCGUGGCCGCCGUGAAGCGAGGCCUGGAGGAGCGCACGGGCCUGCCAUGCGACGAGCAGAGGCUGCUCUUCGGAGGCCGACAGCUCACAGACGAGGACAGCGUGCAGCCGGGUUGCACCCUGCACCUGAACCUCCGACUGGUGGGUGGUGUCAUUGAGCCCAGUCUGCGCAUUCUGGCCCAGAAGUACAACUGCGACAAGAUGAUCUGCCGCAAGUGUUACGCCCGACUGCAUCCCAAGGCGACCAACUGCCGGAAGCGCAAGUGUGGCCACUCCAACAACCUGCGACCCAAGAAGAAGCUGAAGUAGACUGCUGCUGUUGUAGCUAUAACUGCUCCCACAACCAGAAUUAAAGGCCUGUUGUCAAGUCCA